AUGGAGGGAUACCUGCUCGUCUUUUCACGCGAGCGCAGUGCGCAGGUACACUACUGUGUACUAGAGCAUGGCAUGCUUCGCUGCUUCGAUCGGCCUGGCGGAGUGCUGUGCAAGUCCGUCGGACUGACAAGACACCAAAUCCGCGUGCAGCUGCUUUUCAGCGACAAUACGGGACUGUGUCCGAACCGGUUUGCAGUGCACGCGCUGGAGGUGCAGCGGAAUCAUCAGGCAGAUGCGUUCGUUGCAGCCAGCAAGUGCGAAACGACGCACCUGUUCGCGGCUGUCACUUCUCACGUGAUGACCAAGUGGGCGAACGCUAUUCACAAUUGGCGACGCCAUGCAUUUGAUGACCCGACUAGCAGUGCGCUGUCGGUUCAGGACGCGCAUGCCAGCAAAGGAAUGCCAAAUUCGGGCACUCGACAGCGAGCACUUUUGCUGGAAAGUCAGCGAGCGACCCUCGUGAACUUGGCAAACCGCUUUGACGUGAAGAUUAUCAGUGGCAAAGGGCGUUCUCGUAGCUCGUCGUCGUUCCGGAAAAUGGCGGCUCACAACAUCCUAAGCGGGACACAAAUGCCCAGAUCAAGUUUUGCUAUUCGAUCCUGGCUGCCAGGAGUCUCGUCGCUUCGGCUCAGCUUACCUGGUAGUUAG